GCCACUCUCCGCUGCCUGGGCCGGCGCACAGUGGUGUGUGGUGAUUUAUCACCUACAACCUACCCCUUGUGGACGCGCGGUCUCUGCACCAUCUCGAGACACUGUUUCCUUGGCACCUCCGGUGAUAUCUCUCCCAAGGUUUAUUUGCCUCACUGGUGCACUCUUGGCUUGAUCAUGUGAGCGUGUCGGGCAUAUUGUCUGAUUCAACUUGUGCGGAACCACCACCCCGAGAUACUUCAUCGUCCCGAGCCAGUCUCGCGGACAGAUAUCUCGCUUUAUCUCUCCCCGCCCAUUUCUCUCGCCACCGCUAUGGAUCCGGCAGAGCCGCCCGCAAAUGCUGGCUCUCCGACAGAGCCACAGCCACUUCCAUCCCCGCCGUCAACGUCGGGGAUCAAGGCAGAGAAACCGCCACAGAAGCCCCCAAAGAAGACAACGGUGAGGAAACGGACUAAAACUGGGUGCCUAACUUGCAGGAGACGCCGCAUCAAGUGUGACGAAGGCAAGCCGACUUGCAACAACUGCAUCAAGUCCAAGCGAGAAUGCGAAGGAUACAGCCAAAGACUUACUUUCAAGGAGCCGCUGGGAUCGUUCCCCCCUGCCCACCUCUACGGGCAUCCCGUCUAUCACCGGCAGGUCCAUGAAGCACUCGUCAAUGCUCAGAUCACAGCGGCGCAGACCAAGUCCGCAUCAUCUCAGGGAUCACUCGCAGUCAUCGCCCCUAAGCCUCCGCCCGUGGACUACUCCGGUGUCGCAUCUACACCCUUUGCGCAAGGGUACGGCGGCCUGACUAACCCGCCAGCCGCCGGGGCGCCUCCUUUCCUCCCGCCACAACAAUUGCCGAGUCCCCCGCUUUUAGCUCCCGACCACCAGAGCAACUUCUUCGACCGCCCCCCGCCUCCUCUGCAUGGAGAGCCACCCGCAGAUGACGAUUUCUUCGGCGUUCCUCCGCCGCUUCAAGGAUUCGAACACGACCCCAGUCUUACCGGCCUCCCGCCGGGCUACGUAUCACACCACGCACCCGUGUCAGGCCCGGAGCACCCGCAGGUCUUCCCCCAAAGCAGCGUCCCCGGUGCAGACCAUCAGGUCUUUGAACGUGAGGCCUAUUGGCAGUCAGACGAUGAAGCAUCCAUGGUCGAGUCGGACGACGACGCAGUUCCGGACCAUCACGUUCUCCCUCUCGAGUCGCACGAUGUCGGUAUCGAGUUGGCCAGGCGUUUGGAACCGCAUCACGAUGUGUACGGAGUGCGCAUCAGAUCGUUCGCUCCCUUGGCUGACGAAAAUAUACUCGACACGUACACGCCAUCGUCAGCUAGCUCGCCCUUGAACGAUUCCCAAACGGCGGCUAUCUUCUGGUACUUUGUCAACGUCACGGGCCAGAGCAUAUCAGUCUACGAGAGACAGCCGUUUGACCCCGCGUCACUCUUCGAAGGCCGUCCUGCCCCUCAGCAGCGCCAACGUAUAUGGACGUAUACCUUCCCCAUCAUGGCGUUCAAUCAUCCAGCACUGAUGCAGGCGAUGCUUGCGCUGGGCAGCCUGCAGUUGGCCAAACUUCAAGGCUCACCCCCUACGGCGGCCAUGAAACACUACCACCUGAGCUUGCGGAGAGUGGCCAAGAACUACCAGAGUCCCAACAGGCGGUCGCAGCCAGCGACCCUUGCCGCCACGCUGUUGCUCGGCUUCUACGAGGUUUGGAACUCGGACCACGACAAGUGGUGUAAGCACAUGUGGGGAGCCCGCGCCAUCAUUAAGGAGAUCCCGUUUGGGCGGAUGACCCGAGACCUGCUCGCCUACCGUCAACGGCAGAGGGAACAGGAACUUCGGAACCACCAAUGCAAUGAAUUCUGCUUGGGCUCGCAUGGGGAUCCCAGCCGGGACCCCUCAGCAGUCGAUACCGAACUGCUUUUCCAGCUCACCGGCCAGAGAGUCGACUAUGGGACCAGCCGUGGCGGCGCGCUCGAUGACUCGUCCCGACCGUCACGUUUCACCCAGCGCGACGCCGAGACUUACGAGCAACUCCGCGACCUGUACUGGUGGUACUGCAAGAUGGAUGUCUACCAAAGCUUCCUCGGCGGAACACGGCUCUUGAUGGACUACCAGCAAUGGACACAGUGCGUGCCUAGGGGCCCCUUUGGGAAGAUCGACUCGAUCUUCGGAACGUAUGAUUUCACCAUCCUGUUACUGGGAAGGUUAGCCAACUUUGCGUCCCGGGAUCUGGCCCGGAAACGCAGGGCGAGGAGAGCCCAACCUCCCCAAGGCCAAGGCCCGGGGAUGGGUCGGGGCCAGUCUCCUCCAUCGUUCCCAGGCCUGAUGCCCAGCUCGGGCCGCGUUACGGUGCCGAGAGGUUUCAGCCCGCCCCGGGAGUCGUCCCCGUCCAACGACUCGGCCGAAGACAUGGACUUUGACGCCUCGACCGCCCAGGCCAUGCGGGAGUGGGAUGACAUCCGGCAGGCAUUCGAGGUCUUCCGGGCACGUCUCGGUCCCGACUUUGAGCCCAUGAGCCCGGACUUCGCGCCGCCCGAGAUGACGCCGUUUGGACCGGCCCUGAUGUACCGGACGUAUGGCAUCGCGGGUAUCUGGAUGAACUAUUACAUGGGCCUCAUUAUGCUGCACAGGGCGCACCCGUCGAUGCCGCCGGUCGCCGUGGUUGCCGCCGGCAUGGCGGCGCCGCAGACGGGGCACUGGGCGAACGAGAUCGCGCGAAUCGCCGCGGGCUUGCACGAAGACACAACCCACGUGGCAGCCAUCAGCACGCUUGUGGGCGCCGCCUUCAUCGAGAGUUCAUUCCCACUGUUUGUUGCCGGCGUGCAGGUAAACGCUCACCCUUCCACUGCCUCCCCGCCCGCCCAAUCACAAAGAAUAAAGAAAAGAUCAACUAACCCGGCGUCAGUUCCGCGACCUCCAGCAGCGGCACUGGUUGGUCCGCCGGCUGCACGACAUCGCGCGGCUCACGGGGUGGCAGUCGGCGCGGCAGAUCGCCGAAGGGUGCGAGUCCGCCUGGAUCAAGGCGGCCGAGCUGGGCCGCGGGCCGCCCUACCACAGCCCGCCCGACCUGGGCCCACUGUUCCCGGACUCGGUGUGGAACCGGCCGCGCCGGCUGGACCGCCGCAUCCAGGAGCUCGAGGCCGGCGACAGCAGGCUCGUGCUGGCGCAGUCGGAGCGCGCGCACUACGCGCUCGGCUUGCUCAGCGUGGAGCAGGAUUUGGAUACGUUGGAUAUCGAUGAUGAUGAUGAUGCUGAGGGGCCUCAGGGCGGGCAGGGGAAGAGGGGUGCUGGGUGAGCCGGGGAGCUGUGCUUAUGGGCGUCGGGAUGGCCGAUUGGAUAACAGGAUGGUUGUCCUGGAUUUUGGGAUCAGGAAAGGUAGUGAGUGGUUUCUGACUUGCCUGCUGUGCUGUAACGGUACCACACUGGGUUGAUGAUAUCCCGGGAUCUGGCUGGGUCGCUGCGUCCUUUUUUUGAGUAGUGGGUUGUCUGAAGACGAAAAGGCACGCGUCCCGGGGGGGGGGG